CAAGUCUUUUCCUUUCUCUGCCGUGACCGGGGCGGCCUGCUUUCUCUUCCGGUUGUCGUCUGUUCGUGUGGCAGAUUCACAAGCGUCGAAAUGGCAAAGUCUAAGAACCACACAACUCACAACCAGUCUCGUAAAGCCCACAGGAAUGGCAUUAAGAAGCCCAGAUCUCAGCGCUACGAGUCCUUGAAAGGGGUUGACCCCAAGUUUCUGAGGAAUAUGCGUUUUGCUAAGAAGCAUAACAAGAAGGGCAUGAAGGCAGCACGGAAGGCAAUGAAGGAAAAAUAAGCCACCAUUCAGUCACCUCCCUGUCUGUCCACAUUGUGUUACCAACAUCACAAUAAAGCAAUGCUUUGUUAACAAACCAA